CACGGAAAUGAUGCAUAUAUGAUUUGAGAAACAAAGAACAAAACCUUAUUAAACCCAAGUUUGUUUGCUCCUUGAAAGAAGAAGGAGGUCGCGUGAAGAUGUUGAAGUUCCUAUCAAAAGUGAAAAUCGAGUUCAAUGCAUUGGAUCCACGAACCGCAUCGUGUAUGGAGUUUCUCGCACAAUGCAACUCACGAAAAGCCAAAGAAUCAAACCCUGCCUGUGAAGUUGAGAUCAAGCGUAAAAACGUGGAGCAUCCACCGCAGAUCACCGUCACGUUCGUCAACGGCGUGGAAGAAGCUUUCGAUGCUACAUCAACACCGGUUCACCGUAUAACCAAGAUGAUUCUGGAAAAGGGUCAGUUACUCGAAACUGAACAGAUGUUCCGUGAAGCUGGAGAACAAUGGCCUGUUAUCAUACCUGAUGAAGAACUCUCUCAGCAUGCACCCGGCACCAAACCGAGAAAAGCAGAGGAGAAGAAGCAAUAGGUAAAAAAAUUCUGAGCGUAUUAACUGCUGGGAAUUGUCCUGUUUCUUUUUGGCCGGAUAAUGGGGCAUCUGAUCACUUCUGUUGUCCGUCUUGCUGUAUUCUGGGACUAAAUUAUUAAGUUCAUACUGCAUAUGAUUUGCAUAAUAAUUGAUAUCUUUGAAUUGCAGAAUUUUGAAAUUGUAGACUUGUCAUGUAUAAAUUUAUCUGGUCAAGUUGAUGCUCAUAAAGUUCUGUGAAUGUUGUAGCUUUUUUAAUGUCAUAAUUUCUUGCUCAAA